AUGGGCGUCAGCAGCGAGGACUGGUGCAUGCUUGUUGACGUUGUCAUGGCGCAGGAGGAGGGAGCCUUCGCAGAGCUCCUCUCCUCCUCCCCUGGAGCACAUGCCGGGGCCUCCAACAUGCUCUAUGGGAUGAAUGUCCUCAUCACGGGCAUAGAGGGCAAGUACCGGCAGCAUUCCGACUACAUCAAGCGCCUUGGCUUCAUCCUGUUGGCUGGGGAGGUCGACCAGUACCUCCUCUCCCUCCCUCAGAUCCUUGAACGCCUUGUCGAUGCCCUGCGGUUGCCUCCCGGACCAGGCUUGGGACAGGUGUACAGGCAGGUAUUUCUCUGCAAGCGUGUCCUCCUCGUCCGCCUCUCCUCCCGCAACCUCGUCUCCUUCUGGCCCAUCGUCCUCUCAGAGCUCAUGCGCAUUCUCCGUCAAGGGAGGAGCGACUCUCCGCUGGACUCUCAGCUGGACCCUGCCGUUCCCUUCGCCGCCCUUAAGUUCCUCGACCUCGCUGCUGUCCUCCAGCCCGAGGAGUUCCAGGCCAUGCAGUGGGGCUUCUUCUCCAGCGUCUCCCAGCUCGACCCCAGCUGGAACUCACGUAGCUCGUUCCCCUUUGAGCCGCUGGCGGUCUCCAUCGCUAAGCUCGCGGGGGGGGAGGAGAAGCAGGAGGAGGGGAAGGCAGAGGAGGGAGAGGAGGGUGCAGCUAAGAACAAGGAGGAAGAGAGACAUCUGGAAGAGCAGAAGGAGCCGAGCGAGCUCAGACGACCAGUACUGGAGCAGCUGACGGUCACGACAAGGGAGGAGCUGAUAAGAGCUGCCAAGACCUUGGUGGCGGCGCAGGGUCGGGUGAUGAAGAGCAAGCGGGCGGACGUGGAGUACAUAGUGAAGCAGCUGAGGGAGGAGCACGAUGACUUCCUCUGCGACCGCAGGACGUUCAUGGAUCAAAUCGAUCGCAUGCCCGAGAGGACAGAGGAGAGCGAGGUUGAGCCGGAGGUCGGCUACGUGUUCCCCGACAGAGAGGAGGAGGAGACGGUGCAGGAAGAAACCAAGGAGGAAGGAGAGGAGGAGGAGAUCACGGAGAGGAUCAAGAUGCUAUCGACCGUGUUCUCCAACGGAGUGCCGGAGGCAGCGAGCGAGGAAGGGAGGAGGGUGGAGAGUCUUCUGUACGAGGACACGGUAGAAGAGCAGCACUUGCCGCCGAUCGCGGAGGGCAGCGUGAGAGACGUGGAGGAGGAGCAGGAGAAGCGGGAGCUGGAGCUGGAGCUGGAGCUCCCGCAGCCGCAGGAGGAGGAGGAGGAGGAGGAGGAGCAGCAGCAGCAGCAGCAGCAGCAGCAGCAGCAGCAACAGCAGGACGCGGAGCAGGAGCAGGAGCAGGAGCAGAGAGGAAUAGGCAAGAAGGAAGAUACAGUGGCUCGAUUGCAAGGCAUCGGUGUUGGAGAAAGAAGAAGCUUGGAAACUGCUGGAGGGCAGCACGAAAGAAAUGACAGCGUGGGGAGCGAUGGGUCAACUUUUAAGGAUUGCAUCGAAUGA